CACCAGGCAGGCAGGCCACAAGAGAAGAGAUUGCAGAAGUGAUCUCUCUCCACUCCAGCCUCCUCAAUCCAAGAGAAGAACAGAACAAGACAGAGUGUGCAGUGUAAUGUAAUUAGCAUUCACCAUCUAAAUAACAAAGUUGAUCAAAUUUUAAUUCUUUAAUAUGAUGUUUCUUUGGUUGGAUCUUGCCUGGGAUGUUGUUUUGAUUAAUUAGAGAGAUUGAAUCCAUCAGUGGUAUCUUCUUGGGCCAACUAACUCUAAAUUAAACUCAACCAAGGCUGGUAGGGACAGACAAGUAUACCACAUGACAUGCUGAUGGGAUUGGGUGGGAAUGUUUUCUGCUAAUAUAUAUAUACACACACACAUUAGAGGGUUUAGAUAAGCCUGUUUGCCUGCCUUCGGCCCCUGCUAUCAAUUAAGAAGCUUCCCCGUCCCGCAGUGUCACAGUCAUAAUUUGCUUGCCUUGGUCUGGUCUUCAUCUCGGAGACCGGUGAGAGAGAGAGAGAGAGAGAGAGAGAGAAGAGCGCAAAUGGAGGAGGAGGAGGAGGGUUUGCUGUUGGAUGAAAGCAGCAGGGCGGAGAGGAGGAGACUCCUCAACCUCAACCUCAACCUCAAGUGCGGGACCGGGGAGUUAUGGGAAGAGAUGAAGAGGCUGGGUUACUUGACAGGUCCUAUGGUGGCUGUUACUUUAUCCUUCUAUUUGCUGCAAGUUAUAUCAUUGAUGAUGGUAGGUCAUUUAGGCGAGCUCCCCCUUUCCAGUACCUCCGUAGCCUUCUCUCUUGCUGGGGUCACUGGUUUCAGCCUCCUCUUAGGUAUGGCCAGUGGACUAGAGACUCUAAGUGGGCAAGCUUUUGGUGCCCAAGAGUAUGAAAAACUUGGAACUCAAACUUACACUGCUAUCCUGUCUCUUAACAUUGUUUGUAUUCCUGUGUCCAUCUUGUGGGUCUACAUGGGCAACUUGCUCAAGUUUAUUGGUCAAGAUCCUCAAAUUUCUGUGGAAGCUGGACGAUUUCUUACAUGGCUUGUCCCCGCCCUCUUUGGCUAUGCAACUCUGCAACCUUUAAUCCGGUACUAUCAGAUGCAAAGCCUGAUUGUUCCAAUGCUCAUAAGCUCCUGCAUAACUCUCUGCUCCCAUGUCGCGGUGUGUUGGGCAUUGGUUUUGAAGUCUGAAUUGAGGAAUCUUGGAGGUGCAGUUGCGAUGGGUCUCUCAAUUUGGUUAAAUGUGAUCAUCUUGAGUUUAUACAUGAAGUACUCUUCCAAGUGUGCAAGAACCCGUUCUUCAUUAUCAAUGAGGGUAGUUGAUGGGAUGAAAGAAUUUUUCUGCCUUGCAAUUCCUUCUGCCGGGAUGAUCUGUUUGGAGUGGUGGUCAUUCGAGCUGCUUAUCUUGUUGGCAGGACUGCUUCCAAAUCCACAGCUUGAAACAUCAGUGCUGUCUGUGUGCCUGACCACCCUAGCGACGCUUUAUUCGAUACCAUAUGGAUUGGCGGCUUCAGCAAGCACUAGAAUUUCGAACAAGCUGGGAGCUGGAAAUGCACAAGGCGCCCAGAUAUCUGUAGUUGCUCUAAUGCUUCUUGUAGCAGUUGAUGCACUACUUGUAAGCAGCGGUGUAUUUGCGGGCAGAAAUGUUUUUGGGUACAUUUUCAGCAAUGAGAAGGAAGUGGUGGAGUACGUGGCAGCAAUGGCUCCUCUGGUUUGCGUAUCCGUUGUCAUGGACAGCAUCCAAGGGGCACUUUCUGGGGUUGCGAGGGGCUGCGGGUGGCAGCACAUCGGGGCGUGCAUCAACCUUGCAGCGUUCUAUCUAUUCGGGAUCCCAAUCGCAGCUGCGUUGGGCUUCUGGUUGAAUCUAAGAGGGAGAGGUCUGUGGAUCGGGGUGCUAUCCGGUGCCACACUGCAGUCUGUUCUGCUGCUAACAAUAACCAGCCGCACAAACUGGGAGAAGCAAGCAGCUGAGGCAAGGAAAAGGUUGUUUACUCAAGACGGACAGGUCUGAUUACGAUUGACACACAGCACAACACAACACAUAAAUGCAUCAGGGUUUAGAUAGAAUAUUAUCUCGAAUGCAUGCCACAGAACUCCAGAAUAUAUAUAUUGUUUGUUUGUUUGUA